CUACUAGCAAGAAUCAUCUGGAGCUUAUUAGUUUACGGGCAAACAUAUUUUUUAGAGUCAAGAACCCGGAAAGUGAAAAAAGUCGUUCUUGUUUUACAAAAUCACGAAGUGACGCCCAUUCAAAACGUUUUCUUACAGUUUUCGUUCCUGGAUUUGUUGGAGAAUCUGAAUAUUUUCGUUAUUUAGCUUCCAACUAUGCUUCUCAAAGAGUAUCGCAUAUGCAUGCCCUUAACAGUUGCCGAAUAUCGGAUAGCUCAGUUGUAUAUGAUUCAGGUAAACGUUUUCGGUUAUCUCUGUUUCCAAUGUUUUUUUUCUUGUGGCUGUUGGGCUUCACAUCCUAUCACUUUAGGAAUAUUACAGAUAUACGCAUAUUCUUCCAAUUAGUACUGUUACAUCACAUCACAAAUUAAGUGAUACGGUGUAAUUAUGGACAUCAUCAAGUCGCUUAGAAUUUUGUAAAAAAUAGUACAGGUUGAUUAAACCAUACUAACUUGCCUGUUUUUGUAAUUUUCUAUCUUUUGUUUGUAUUUAAUGAAAUUUAAUGCUAUUUUUUUCACAACCUAUGUCUAUUGAAUACUGAUCACGAACUUAUUCCAAUACACCAUUUGUAAUGGAUUUUAUUUACAUUCUGUUUCUUAAAAGUUUUGGAAACCGCCUGUACAGAUAGCAUUUUCUCUAUCAUUAUUUAUAAAAUGGCUUAUAAUCGCUUGUAUGGAGUAAUGCACAUACUUUUAUGUUAUGUACUGUGGCACCGUUAUUAAAGAUGGUUGAGUUGUUCAGGUUUCACAACAUGAAAAUAUCUUUUAAAGCCUUUAAUUGUUCACCUAAAGAUGAAUGGUUUCACUCAUAUACUUGCCAAAAGGAAGGUGCCAAAGUGUAUGUUUAGUUCAUUGAAUCAUGUAACUCAUUGAGUAAGGUCUAUUGAUGCCAGAUCGGGUGUGGAUCGAACUUUCUAUCGAUUGCUUUAAGGCCAAGUCCUCUGGCCCUUUAACCACCGCUUCUCAACGUUUCAACUAUUGGGAUUUGGUUUUCAGUUUGGCGUAAGCUUUUAAUAUAGGAGGGCCUAAUUUGCAGUUGAGAUAGAAAAUUUAGUAUUUUGUUGCUAAAACCACUCAAGAUACUUUUUUCAGUUAUGAAGAAAGGUAUCGAUAAAAGUGAAUUCAAUAUAUCAAUUAUCAAAAGAAUAUUAUACAAAUAAGAAGAAAGCAGAUGGGUUUUUGCGGAGGCUGACAUACACUACUUAUUCACAAUAUGAAACUAAAUUCUGAGAGUAUGUAUAAUUGAUUGGGUCAACAGUUUCGGGAACUAAGAACUGGAAACCCUCUUUAAAGCAGAUCACACUUGUAGUUUUCAAGGAUACUUUUUCCUGAGGCCAAUUUAUUUCAUGGAAGAGAGGUCAAUAUAUGUAAUCCUGCCACAAAAUAAUAUUGAUGCCAUAAAUGCUAACCACUUAAGCAAAAGAACUUUCCAUCAUUUAAAUUUCAACAAACGCAGAUUAUGAAUUCAGUGCCAGAUUUGCUGUUUAGUUUCUCUCACAUUGACUAUUUGUUCAUAACUUUUUUUGAUACAUCAAUGGAGCACAUGUUUCUAAAGGUAUUUAUUUCCAUUGCUUUAAUGAGCGGUAAGAUGAAUAUUUCUUCCACGACAAUAAAAGUGAAAUAUCUUUGGUUUAACAAAUGAGUUAUUUGUAAAUCUUUACAUUUAACCUAGAAAAAGUCUCGUGAAGAAAGUACAGGUCGUGGAAGUGGUGUAGAAAUAUUGAAAAACGAACCUUAUGAAAAUGGUCCUGGAGGAAAAGGUCAAUACACAUUUAAAAUUUAUCAUGUUGGUAGCCAUUUACCAACUUGGCUUCGUAAUAUACUACCAUCAUCGGCUCUACGUGUUGAAGAAGAGGCAUGGAACGCGUAUCCAUACACCAGAACAAUUUAUAAAGUUCCCUUUGUUGAAAAGUUGGUACUUGAUGUGGAAACAUAUUUUUUCGACGAUGCUGGGGAACAAGAUGAUGUUUUCAACCUUUCACCAGAUGAAAGAAAGGCACGUAUCAUUGAUUUUAUUGACAUCGUAAAAGAUCCAAUUACUGGAAGUGAUUAUAGACCAGAAGAAGAUCCUAGUAUUUAUGUAUCAGAAGCAACUGGUCGUGGUCCAUUGCCACCUAAUUGGCGUGAGGAAUUUAUUCAUGCUCAACAAGCGACUCAUGAAACUUAUGAAAAACCACCAACUCGAACUCAUGAUAAUUCACCAGCUAUUGUUGAAAAUCUGAAGCCACUGCAUAAACGUAUUAUGUGUGCAUAUAAACUUUGUCGAGUAGAGUUUCGUUAUUGGGGUACACAAACACGAGUGGAACAGUUUAUCCACGACACUGCACUUCGAAAAACUAUGCUAAGAGCACAUCGACAAGUAUGGGCGUGGCAAAAUGAAUGGUAUGGUCUUACAAUAGAGGAAAUUCGUCGUUUAGAAGAGGAAACAGCUCAGGCAUUAGCGUCCAAAAUGGCUGAUUCCAACCAACCGCCAAAUAAUGACGGCGAGUUAUCUAAGCAAGUUCAAUCAACAACAUCAAACAUCAAUGAAACUAUGAAUGCUAUUGAAGUGAAAUGUAAUCAGUCUGAUGAAAAAUGUGAAUUCGAAUCAAGCGCAGCGACAUCAGAAAAAUUCCAUCUUCCAGUUAAUUCAACUGAUAUUGCAGAACAAAAUUUAUGGGCUGAUUUUAAGAAAUUAGAGGCGAAUAAUUUUGAACUUGAUGAUUUUGAACCUUUUACAGCACCGUGUGCAGGUAUGUGUUACUUUAUCGUAUAUAUCCAUACCGUUUACUCUAGGAUAUGACAACUUGAUUGUUCAAAACAUUUAAUAUUGAUACAAGUCUAUACUUUGCUGUUCACUGUAUUCAAUGCAAGUGCUGGGUAAACUAUUUGAAAUGAGUUCGUAUUUUAGCAUUUAAGUAUUCUAAAUAAAAUAUUAAAUAAAACACUAAAAGAUGAUUGAAAAGAUAAUAGAGAAAUGAUAUAACAUAAAAGGGAUCAGAAACUAUCACACCAUUCAAGCCUUAGAAUGGAUUAAUGAUUAAGAAAAUAUAGUCAAGGUGUAGGAAACUUGUUUCGAAGACCGAAAAUUUUUAUUCAAAGAUUUAAAGACUGUUUUAAGGUCAAUUAUUAUUGCUGCAAAACCGCUUAUCAUUAAAAAACUAACCUCCUUAUUCCACAUAGGUCUCGAAAUUGCAUAUAUUAUUCAGUCACUUCUCAUUACUUUCACCGAUUCACAUUUGUUUGAAUACAAACAUUGAGGGCAGUUUCCGAACAAUGCAGUCAUGUCUAUUGAAAUGUGUGCUUAAGUGACUUAGGAAUUCAUUGGUGUUAUUUAUUAUGAUAAAUAAGUAGAGCAGAAGAUUAUACUCAUCAAUAGAAAAAAUAUCAAUUAAACAGGUCAUAGCGUGGUGUAUUCUACUUACGUUGACGGAUAUAUGCAGUAUGUAGCACCAAUCGAAAGUGGAAUGCAUUCCAACAGAAGAUUGAGAUGAUUCAAUUGAAGAGAGUUGAAAGUAAUCGUAGUAGACAGAAUUGAAAGAAUCAUAAAGUAUGUAAAGGACAACUGAUGGAAGAUAUGUGAAUAAUGUAUUUAAUGUAUGGUUUUCAUAUUUUGUAAAAGCACUCUAAUUUUGUAUUAAGCAAUAAUUUGGCUUUCCGUACCUAAUUGCUUCUUCACUACAAUAGGACUGACCGUAAAACAGCUUUGUAAAUUUACACAUGAAAAUCUUUAGGGGUUCACCCUAAAGUUUGUGAAAGCCUCGGUCAUCAAAAAAUUCGAACUUCCAUUUUAUGGGUGGGAACAAUUUUUUCUUAACUUAAAUUUGUUUUGCUAACCUUUAAUCCACUUUAAUGCCUCAGACAGUGUGACAAUUGGUUAUUCUUUUCAGUUUGUCGUCUCUCUCUCUCUCUCUGUAUGUGUGUGCUAUAUUUUUAAUUAUCACGUAUUAUUCCUUCCACAUUUUAUUUAAUCCAACUUUAUUUUGGACAGUAUCUAGGUGUCUUGAUAAAUUGUUCGAAAUAUUUUUUCUAGAUGGGGGGGGUACGCAUUUCAUUUUUCAAAUGGACUCAGUACGCUUUGGAAAUUUAUUAGAGAUAUCAAUGGUUUUAAGGUUUGUUAAAAUGCUCCGAGUUUUUGGGACUUCCGUUACAAACAACUGUCCUCAAGAAAACAAAGUCAUUUCAUUGAUGAUAUUUUUUUAGAUUUAAACUAGUAAUUUAUAAUCUGUAAAAUUAACUAGAAAGAAAACAAAAGUAUUUCCAGCUGGGACACAAGGAGAUUAUUUGGGUAGAUCGCGUAUAUUCUGUCGUUGCAAGUGUUAACUCUUGUAUUCUGUUUCGUGUCCACUAUAAUAUAGAGCUAAGGUUUUGAAUUUCCUAAAUCUUUUUUAGGUAUAUUGAAGCAGUCCUGUAAUACUGUUUACUUUGACGAAGUUCUUUAAGUGAUAUCAAUUUACGAAGACAAAAAAUAACUUGAAAUUUCUUCGUGAUUGUACAAUGAUUAUAAUUAUCACUGAAAUGUUUUGUGUUAAAUAUGUUUUAAACUACCAAUAAUAAAGUUGCUAUAUUAUCUUUUCUUUUACAGAAUCUGAUGAUGAUACUAGGUCAUUUGUUACAUGUUGUAGCGAUCUUACCGGGAAUACUGAUUAUGCUACCCCUCUUGCGUCAAAUUUUCAGAGUUUUGAUAUUCCAGGAAUAAAAUCUUGUAAGCUACAUUUUUAAAAUCAUGGCUUCAUAAUACAUAGGACGCAUAGACUUGUUGGGAAUUAGUCUCGGUAAUUUCCGUACAUUCAUGUGGCAGAUAGUGAAUCAUUUUGUUUAGUACUUACCUGUUCAGUUUACCUCUUUAGUUGAUGGUUAUAUUGGAAGAGCUACUUUUUAAAAAUCAAACUUAAGUAAAGUCAACAAAGGUGCAAUCAGCCAGGAAACCAAGUUUCAUGUUUUGUUUAAUGUUUUUGAGUCAAGUAGCAAAAAAAUUGUUAGAGUUUCCUAUUUAAGCAAGCUAAUAUUCUUUAUAAUUGAUUGAUCACUGGAAUAUGAUCACCGUCAAGUAUGUCAUGUCCUCCUCAGUGCAGAUCGGAUUUUGUCGACCAAGUUGCAAUGUUGCCACUAGUCUAGGUGACUCGACAUCGCGUGCACUAUGUUGAGAUGAGAUGGUGGUGUUUCACUCUGUAAUUCAUUGUAACAAAUUACAACUUUAUCAUUCAUAUCACAUUUUUUUGUAAAGUUAAAUUGUACAAGAAGCAUUAGCGAAUAGUUUGAUUAAGAAAUCGGUUGUGAGAAGUAUGUAGUUUGAAUAAAAUUAAACUUUUCGAUGAAACAGAAUGAUUAGUUUAUAUAUUUACUUCCCCUUUUACUUUUCUCGUGAUGAAUAGGCUUUAACCAAAAACCUGCCUCUAGUAUUCAACAAAAUUGUGGUAAACUAGUCCUUAUAUUAGUGAUUCAUGGUGGUAAGUGUUUCUUUUUUUAAAAAAUAACGUGAUCAAGUUUAUUUACUGUAAGAGAAUUACAGAGGUUGUCCGAUAUGUAAUUUACGUCAGGAACUGAAUUUACCUAUAAAACCACAGAAAACCAAAGUUCAUUUAACUAAUAUUUCGCCGUUAUCAACUAUUGUAAUACAACUGAUCAAACUUUAAGACUUUUGCCAAAGCUUCCUCUCUUUAAAGUUUAUAAGUAUCAGUUGUGUUUGUUUGUUUCGUGACUAAACUUCUUUCUGUAUUUUGUGAUGAUACUGCCUAGUUCAUGAAAACCUCAGGGUAAGACCACCCAACUGAAAGAACGCAACUUCAAUAAAAUUGUCCUGUUGAGCUACAGGCCCUCACCAUAUCAAAAUAAAUUAUAUAUUCAUCAUUCCGCCGUGUAUAAAUCUCAUAGUUUACUCAUUUAUAUUACGUUUAAUCUAGUUGUCGACCACUUAAUUGUUUCGCUACUAUAAAUGUAUUGUAGCUCCUGUUUACUUCCUGCAUAUUUUAUUCAUGAAACACUAAUAGUGAAACAUUUGCAUUUCAUACAAGUCCUUGCUUAUAAUAUUUAUCAUCUGUAUUUUUUGAUACUGUCGGAUUGAAAAGAAAACUUUCCGAACAACAUACCUUACGUCCGUUCUUUUUACUGUGUUGUCUUUUUAAAAAAUCUAUUCAGGUUGUAUACUUGAUUCAACUUACGAUUUAACUACAAAACGUUCCGACAUUUUAACUUUUCGAAAAACAAUCGAAACAGUGACAGCUAAUCACUAUCCAACAUUACAUAAUCGAAUAGCUGUAAAACUUGUACCAUGCCCUACAGAAAUCGGCGAUAUAUUCCGGUUAUUCUCCAAAUUGAAAGCUUCACCGGAUCCUACUAGGCCAAUUGAAACUCAAUUGCUACGUGAUUUAAUGCCUUUGGGGAGUAUUCCUUUAUUUUUGAUUAAUUCAUCUGGAUAUUCGCGAAUGUUGGAACAAUUAGCAUUUAAUUUGAACACUCAUUAUGCUGAGUUUUUACGUUCUCCUGAAGGAAUUCACUUUUCUGGCAAAGUUUGUAUAGUAGCUGACAGUGUUGGUUCAAUUUUGGCUCAUGAUCUUUUAACAAAACCUUCUACUAAUCAUGAGUCAGUAUCGAAUAAUAAUGAUACAAGUGUGACAGAUAUUGGAUUAAUGCGUCGUAAACAAUUUGGUAUUCAUAGUUUAAUACAGUUGGAUAAACAAAUCAAAACCCCAACUUUAAUAAACAGCCCCAGUGAAGUCACUUUAUGCCCAGUAAGUUUUUCUAGCCUGAAUCAAAUACUAGUCUAGGAAACGUUGAAUUGUCCAACCUUGAAAAUGAAGAAUCUAAAUCACAUAGUCGAAUGUCUUCUUUAGACUUUCAAGUACAAAAUUUUUUCAUGUUGGGUUCACCAAUUGGUUUAAUUUUGGCUUAUCGUUAUCAACAAAAUCAAUUAACAUCGUCUAUUGUAUCAUCUAGUAAAACAAAUCAGCUAAUUACUAAUUCAUCUUAUAAUAUGGUUUAUCAUUUAUCAAAAGAAAUUAAGUUGUCCGUAGGUCAAGCUUAUAAUCUUUUUCAUUUAACUGAUCCAUGUGGUUUUCGCAUUGAACCAUUGUUGGAUAAUCGUUUCAGCUGUAUAUCCCCAAUAUUCAUUCCCCAAUAUGUUCGUUAUCCACUUGGAGAUGGACAGUCAACAAAUCUAAUUGAAACUCUUAUACAGCAGGCUGAAUUAUUUUCUGCAAAUGUUUCAGAAAAAUCAUACAAUUUAUCCGAUAGUGAUAAUUCUACGAUUAAUGAAAAUAAUGAUAGUACUGUAAAUGUAAAACGACAAUUAACAAAUCAACAGUUAAAUUGGGAAAAAAAGUCUAUUGUUGCACUUGAAGCAUUGAAAAAAGGGUAAUACAUGAUUGUUGCAAUGUUUUUUUAAAGAAAAUAAAAACGUUAUGGUUACUAGUUCAAAUUCCUGUGAGUUUGAUGAGUUCAAAUUUCAUUUUAAAACGUCAGUAACAUACAAUCAGUGAUGCUAAAUUUUCUAAUUUUGUACGGUUUUUGAUCGCUAUAGGCUAAAUGCUAUCAAAAUGAGACAUAAAUGGACCUUGUAUGAUACUUAUGCAACGUAUCGGAUGUGAAAGAGAAGGGUCAUCUGUUAAGUACUCAUGCAAUACUUUUUCAAGUGUAAACAAUAAAUUCGAGUUGACUAAUAUAGAUUAAUCAUACACAAAGUAAUUUCAUAAUGAUGACUUGUAUUUCGGCAAAGAUUUUGCUAAACACAUCUCCGCUAUCUAAAAAGCAUUUCAGAAACAGUGUUUUUUCAUUGAUUUGUCUCCUAGUGCCUUUACAUUAAAAAUAGAAUUUUUACUUUGUAUAUUAUCAAACUGGGCUACAAUUAAAUUACUCGUUU